AUGGAUGCCAAGAAUGAGCCUCCCGGGUCACCAGCCACCGCUGACUCAGCGCGUGUUGCAGUCGCUGACUCGCCACCUGUGGCUGACCCGUCGGCCGCUGACUCGGCGGUCGCUGAUUUAGUGCCUAAGGUCCGCCUGCGUUUGAUUCUGAAGGAGCCAACGGAACCCAAGGAAUCGGAACGAGCAGGCGCCGACAAUCCCAAGAGUCUCCCUGCACCAAAGCGCCCCCGUGGUCGACCGAGAAAAAACGAUCCUCUUGCACCUCCCAAGAAAUCAGCUCCCAAGGAAACAUCUCAGAAAUCUACAACCCCUCGCAAAGCAACUCCGAAGCAGCCCCCGAAACCCGCCAUGGCGCACGGCGCGGAGGACUGCGCGACAGUCCUGGAACAGUUCGUUCACGAUGCGGCCAACUUGCCACUUGAGAUGAACCAUCUGAUGGAAGAGAUCCAAGCCAAAGACAAGAUCAUGCAGGAAUGCCGCGCCACCAUCAACUCCCGCGACGGCAGUAUCCAGAAAUUCAUUAAAUUGAACGGCAGUCUGGCACCAAAUCCCAAGGAGGAAGCGUACAACAAGGCGGUGCUCCAGAGUUACGAACGGGCUAUCCAGCUACAAGAUGAGAAGAUCGCGUUGGCUGACAAGGCGGCUGUGCUGUUGGAUCGCACAAUCAAACGGCUGGACGUGCAAAUCCGCGAGCUUGUCAACGAAGGCGCGCUCUCCAAUGAUCCGCCACUCCCCUCGCUCUUCGACAACAAGAACCAGUACCGCGACCCACCUAAGGUGUUUUUCCCUGACUCUACUCCAUCCGACUCCCCCUCCUACGCUACUCCUCUCAACCCGACCUCCGGAAACGCGAAUCCCAUCCUCGCGGCAGCCCAGCGCUUGAACCAGGCCACCACCCCGCGAGUGCCCGGUCCCGUCAACACCACCGCGCAAGGUGCACGCAGCUCUGCACCCGCUACCCCCGCUGCAACUGCAGCCGUCCAUCUCCAGCAGCGUCAACGCGAGUCUUCCGCUGGAGCAGUCGACACCAAACGCCGCCGGUUGAAUGCAUCCCUGGGCACUCUCCCCGCCGCAUCAUCCAACCUCCGCCAAUCCUCCCUUGGCCCCGGAACCCCGAAAGCUGGUACCCCGGCUGGCAGCCGCGCUGGCAGUGUCGGACCACGCGCGGUCACAGGCAUUAAGAAGGCCUUGACCAAGAAGGUGGCCCCGCACCAGCAGGUCAAGAAGAUCAAAGCUUCGGCCGCCAGCAAGCACACCAAGCGGUCUUCCAGCGCCAGCGGCCGCAUCAAGGCCUCCAAGAAGUCCCCCGCCGGUGAGGGCGACGAGGACGACGACUCCAUGCUCAGUAGUGCUGACAUGUCGGACUCGGACAAGAGCGACGUCGCCGACGAGGAUAUGGAGGACGACGAGGACGAAGACGAGGGUGCGGAGGACACCAAGGUUUAUUGUACCUGUCGCACCGUCAGCCACGGGGACAUGGUGGCAUGCGACAAUGACAGCUGCCCCUAUGAGUGGUUCCACUGGAAGUGUGUGGGACUGACUCGCGAGCCAGUUGGCACCUGGUACUGUGAUGAGUGCCGGAAGACCCUUGGCAAGUAA